CUCUCUCUCUCUCUCUCUCUCUCUCUCUCUCUCUCUCUCUUUCUCUCUCUCUCUCUCUCUCGCACCGACCGUGGCCGCGCUCGGGCGUUCGAUCACCGACCGAAAUAACUGCCGUUGGCAUUGUUCCGUUUUCCUUCAAAAGCAUCACCCUCGUUCUAUGGAGAUGAGUCGCGUGGAUCGCAACCCUUUGGGAGAUCGGAGGAAGACGUGAGCCACUACCCACGUGGACGGGUUUUAUAGUGCGCGAUAAGCUGAACCAGAUUUUCAAUUUGUUGAAGUUUACGCUUUUAUUUGUUUACAAGAUACAGUAAAGAAUUCGAGGCGAAAUCGAACGAGCGUUUUUGUAAUGUCCGACUCGUGUAUCGUACAAGGUUAAUGGGGACUGAUUGACACGUUUCUUUUCGAGCGGGACGCGUUUACUCGCGGGGAAAGCGAAAGAUUCAAUAUAAACGGAUUUAAAAGCCUGUAAUCGUACACAUCGCGCCGCCGCUAAUGUGAAGCUUAACAUCGUAACUUUUCGAGGCAAGCUUGUUCUCGCGAUUUAUUAACUCUCCUUUCCUUUGAUAUCUCCAAAUUAACGGUUAUUAACUUCGCUUACAUCAUACUCCCGAAGCUUCGAUCUCGACAACAAACGCAAAUUGAAUUAAGCCCGCGAAAGUCGCUCCGAGUCUCGUGAAACUUUCAAACUUAGACUUAGGCCAUUCAAAAGUCAUGAGAGAACACGCUCAAAAAAGUCUGCUCUCCCGAACAUCUCGUCGGAUCGUUUUCGGAAUCUCGAGAGAGCUUUAAAUAUAAUUCAUCGAAAGUUCGAUACGCGGACGGCGAGACUUUCAAUAACUCGAAUUGGAGCGCGGCCAGAGCGAUGUACCGCGCGCAAAUUUUGUAUCGGGAAAAUCUCGAUGACGCCGUCUUCCCGUCACUCGCUGUAACGAAAAUAUUCUCGAUUUCUAUUUGCGACGGCUAUUUUGUUGCUUGUCUUUUAAAAAUAAAAUCCGGCGCUUGAGAUGCUUCAAUUCCGGGGAAUCCGAUACCGGAGGGUAAGAAUGUCUCUCGCGUUUCGUAUGAUAUAGGUGCAGUAGCUUGAUUACCGUGUUAUUGUCACCUUCGUCUGGUUUAACGAUAUUUUUACCUCGACGAAUUGGAGCAAUUCUAGAGUGUUUGUUUUGAGGCUGGUACGUACUUUAUACUGCGAGAGUCGUUAAUACGAAGGGCACGACUCGGUAUUAAUCAUCGUUGCAUUCUCUAGACUGCUGAAAUUCCGGAUUAAAAUAAGUCGGAGAUUUGAUAAUUGAUGAAUAUCGUUCAAAAUAUCCUAUCCACACAGUCACAACAGCUCUACAUCACCGGAUUACUGAUUCUGAUCUGACCAAAAAUCCUGAAAACGCUUCUAGGAAAAAGCACGCUCAGCUAAUUAUUCUCGGUCGUUUCGAGGGAACUUUCGAAAUUCCUCGGCGCUGCCUCGGUACCACCUAUAUUACCCAAGCCCGCACGCGUACGUCUGUAAAAAGCUUUGAUUUACAGCUCUGAAAAUUGCCUGUCGCAUUGUCAAGGCACCAGCAGCGGCGGUGCGUUUACCUCGACCAUUACAUCGUUUUCUCUCUAUCUAUACAGCGGUGCAGGAACGAUCGGGUCAUUGGUGGUCCAUCGGCGACAACUGCCAAGUGCAAGUCGCGUUAAUUAUCCCCCUCGAGCUCAUCGAUCGCUCGCGUAUUAAGUCACACACACACACACACACACACGUGCAUAGACACAGACACACCGAAACAGAGAGAGACUAUUCUCUGGCUCAUGAUCCAGGGUGGCUCUAUCGAGCUACUUUUAGCCACUCUGUGCCGGCCGUCAAACGCCGCCGCCGCUGCAGAGCAGUCGUCGCUCAUUACGCACGCAUUUGGCCAAGCCCAGCAUCAGUGUAGUGUAUAAACUCGCUCAGCCGACUCAGCUAGAAGAAAAUAAAGCGGCAUCAGUUGCGCCGCGAUAUUACCUCCCAUCCGGAUGCGCCGGAUAACUCAAUCAAGAGUCGUGUAGCGACCUGCGGCACACACGUGUGCCGAGAGCGACUCGCGCUGCGCCGGAGAGAGCGAGCUUCAAAUUCACGAGUGGGUGAUGCUACUGCGCGUGCCCGACAUUACGUAAGGAGAGGGAAGCGUGUGUGUAUGUAUCUCUCUCUCUAUACGCGUACGCCACUUGGCCUUGGGGUAUAGAUAAUUGCCGUUCGAAGAUUUUUCACGCUGAGGCCCGCUGGAUGACACAGACUCUGCUCUGGUGUACUGGAUUUCGAGAGGGUGAUACGGUGUGUUCCGUGGAUCUGGAAGUUUGUGAGAUGAUGAUUCAGCGUUUGGCUGCCGAUGACGAGUUUAUUAGGCUGUGACAAAUUGCCGUAAUAUCCCGUGCCUCGAUUGAUCUCCUGCGUCCAGAAUAUACUUUGAGAGUCGGUCUUAAUUAGAGCGAACUAUAAAAGGAGCAAGGAAGAGUCUGGGAUACGUCGAAGUGAAAAGAUUAUGGAAUCCGAAUCCGUUUGCUCCAAGUAAGUAACACCACUCGACAAUGGGCUUGCAACUGUCGGUACUCGUCGGCUGCGUGGGUGCAUUGGAGCUUCUGGCAUGUCUGCGCCACGUGAUCGUCUGCGUAAUGAAGCUGACCGACCAGCCCGCCAACUGCUGCGUCGGCUAUUUUCAUCGGUCCAGGAUAUCCGAUCACGACUUCGUCGUUCUCGAAAAGACUCCUCCGGAACAGGAUGACACCGAGAGCAACAAACAGACUUGCAGUGAGAUCGAAGCUAUUCUCAGAGAGACCAGAUCUGAACCGGACAUCCUCUGUCUUGGCCCACCACCCCUGGCCGAUGGUUACGUCAGGAUCCCGACGCCCAUCCCGUUCGGCGUUGACGACGAAAUGGCUUUACAGAAGUCCAGCUCCAAUGCCUCGUCGUUGGUGGACUCUGGAAACGAAAAUCCCACGACCAGAAAGUCCUUCGAGAAUCUGACAGUGGCUAUCAAGACCAAAUGCAGCUCUUCAUCCGAUGUCUCCUCUCUGGAGGACACUGAAAACACAGCCGGUACCAACGUUAAAGCACCUCCGAAGAAGGUCCUGCGACGUUCCAGGACACCGGAAUUCCACGGAGGCUCCUGCGAUGACUACGAUGACGGCGAGGAGGAGGAUCUGGAACAACAUCAGAAGAAGCACCACAAGGCCAGCAAGAGCACGCUUAGUAUGGCCAGCCGAAGGUCCACCAGAUCUAAACCAUCGAAGACCAGCGAAUUGGGAAGAUCGGCGGAGAGCCUGUCAACGGCCAGCAUUAGCAGAAGGUCAAAGCGGCAUCGCGAGCCAGAAAGAUGCAAAUCUGACAUCCAGAUACAGGUGGCGAGAAAUCUGCACCGCGACGAGUGGACCAACACGUCACCCAUGGGCAGCGAAGCCGACAGUCUCGGCAACCUAUCCCGAGCCUCGAGCAAGCGCAGCAUAUCCGUGCUGAUUCAGACGAGCUUCGAGGACAAGCUGCAGUUUCCCGAAAAUAGCAGUGUUCACAAUUUGGAAGUAGGAGGAUCCAAGUCGCUGGUCUGUCCCAACUGCCGAUGCGGCAACGAGCCGAGGGUCAGGAGAAUAACCGAGCUUGGCGAAUCAGUCGACGGCAGACCGCAGCUGGUGAAAAUAUCCAGCUUCGAGGAAGCUUCCGGCGACGACUACGACAAGCUUCACAACGUCAUCAACGGAGGAAAGAGAAACUCCGCUGCUAAGAACUGGGGCGAGAGGAUCAAGUCGUCCGUUGAUAGCGAGUCCUUCGACGAGUACCAGGACGCCGAGGAGGAGGGCGUCGGCUUCUGCGAUCAGCCCAUUCAGUUCAGGAUUCCGGAUCCAGGAGACAAUCAGGCUUUUUGGUUAAUUUUCAGUGGCGAGUACACGAAGGCAAUGAACAAGGACUGGCACAGCGGCCACUUCUGCUGCUGGCAGUGCGAUGAGUCGCUGACUGGUCAGCGAUACGUCCUGAGAGACGAGCAUCCCUACUGCAUCAAGUGCUACGAGAGCGUCUUCGCCAAUGGCUGCGAGGAGUGCCACAAAAUCAUCGGCAUUGACUCCAAGGAUCUGUCGUACAAGGACAAGCACUGGCACGAGGCCUGCUUCCUCUGCAACAAAUGCAGAGUGUCCUUGGUGGACAAACAGUUCGGCAGCAAGGUGGACAAGAUUUACUGCGGCAACUGCUACGAUGCCCAGUUCGCUAGCCGCUGCGAUGGAUGCGGCGAAAUCUUCCGUGCUGGCACCAAGAAGAUGGAAUACAAGACACGACAGUGGCACGAGAAGUGCUUCUGCUGCGUAGUCUGCAAGAACGCGAUCGGCACCAAGAGCUUCAUCCCUCGCGAGCAGGAGAUCUACUGCGCCGGUUGCUACGAGGACAAAUUCGCAACCCGAUGCGUCAAGUGCAAUAAGAUCAUCACCAGCGGUGGUGUUACGUACAAGAACGAGCCGUGGCACAGGGACUGCUUCACCUGCAGCCACUGCAACCAGUCUCUCGCUGGCCAGCGAUUCACGUCCCGCGACGAGAAGCCAUACUGCGCCGACUGCUUCGGCGAGCUUUUUGCUAAGAGGUGCACCGCAUGCACAAAACCGAUUACUGGCAUCGGUGGCACGCGCUUCAUCUCGUUCGAGGACAGACACUGGCACAACGACUGCUUCAUCUGCGCGGGCUGCAAGACCUCGCUGGUCGGCCGCGGCUUCAUCACCGACGCCGAGGACAUCAUCUGUCCGGAGUGCGCCAAGCAGAAGCUCUCGUAAGCUCCGAGAAUCGAAAGAAACAACAAAUCGCUCCAACUACUUCUCCCCCCCCCCCCUUACAACCCACAAUCCGCGCAUCUACCACGCAUAUAUGUAUGUAACAAAGUCAAGGAAAUAAAGAACUACUACUACUACUACUACUACUACUACUACUGCUACUACUGCUACUUCCUUCGAUCGAGUAUAUAUAGAAAAGAAAGAAACACAGAUAGCGAGGCAGCUAUUGUGUAUGCCUGUGUGCGAGAGCCUCGCCCAAACCAAAGCAUUAGCAGUACAUGCGUGUAAUAGCGUUCGUAUAGUGCUUCCACCGUGAAUUUCGAAGGGGGAUAUGCUUUUGAAAUUUUAGGUGGACACGCAGCAGCGAGUUGGCCGUCGACGUGGUCGAGUUUGCCGUAGCUUUGGUUGCUUUAUUGUCGAGCUUCUGUAUUCUCGUUACUACACGCGCUGCGUAACAAUGUAUCGUCGUCGCCUCGAUGAGUUAGCGGCAUCCAAGGUGACCCAUAUUGCGAAAGUAUAUAUCAAGAUAUAGUCUCACGUAUGGAGAACACCUGUGCAAGGAAUAUAGGAUCCUUGAUGUAAAAUCACGCGGUUGUAAGAGGGACUGCAAAAAAAGCUCGUACAGAGAAAAAGCUCCGGUAAACUGGAGCGUCCACGACCGGCUCGAGCUUAAUCGACAUAUCGACUGGGACUUGAAAGUUCCGAAGCUUUGUAGUCGUAGCGGCGUGUAUAACUAUAAAGGAAAACACUCUCUCUCUCUUGCAGCGUCUUGUCAAUGCAUCGAAAAAUUCUUUGUAUAGCUAUAUCAAUAACGCAUACAUACUUAUGUAUCUUACGGUUAUGCACUGUAAUAAGGAUAUUUUCUUACGACAAUGUUACACGCGCGGCAUCGAGGAGACGCUGCGAGAGAGGAAAAUUUUAUUUUCGAGCGCGGGCGAGGUCUUUCGAGAGUGCGCCGAGAGACAUGCCUUGGUUUCUAUGGCUUAUAUAAUGAAAAUCAAAUCGUAUUUACUGUAAUAAUGCAUAUAUAUAUAUAUAUAUACUAAUUGUGCGGUUCUACUUAAAGAUUAUACUAUAUGAAACUUCGAACGAACGAAGGGAUGUUGAUGGAGAUGAUGAUGAUGUAGAUGAUGAUUUAUGAACAAAAAAAAAAGAGAGAUAGGUGCCGUCGCGAUGUUACUCAUUAUUAAUGUUAUUGUUUUUCGCUUUGUAUACAUGAAUAUAGAGGAGUGAGACGGUUAAGCUGUUAUUCGCCAGCGACGGAUGCAAAAAACAAACAAGUAAAUAUUAAAAAAAAAUUAUAAUAUUAAUAAACAGCACGCGAAAGAACAUCCUACAAGCUAUACAACUGUACGGUUGAACUUCACGUAAAUAGAGUCAUUUUAUUUUUAUUUAAAAACUGCGUAACGCGAGCAAUACACGCGAGAACACACUCCGCGCGCGCUAUCGGCGAUACGUCGCACGGAACACACACACACACACACGCGUACAUACACAUACACCACGAUACACACUCUGCAAAAUAGGAUUUUUUUUCAUUGUUUGAACAAGGAAACUUUUGUCGUUUCCCCGUUUGUCCGACACUCUCUGUGCAUUAAAUGAAUUUCAAUCGGAUACACCCGCAUGUAAUUCGAGGAUUUGUUUCGGGAAAAAAUUACCGAGAGAAAAAGGGAAGGUUUAUAGAAAUAUAUUUGAAAUUCGUAUCUUAUUGUAUUUUUUUUUAAUAUCGCUUGCAUUUCUAUAGAAAGAGAGAUUUGUUAAAUAUAAAAGUAAAAAACACGCAGCACGCGGGCGAAGCGCGAAAAUAAUGGUGGCCUUAUAUUCGCAUGAGUGAAUACCACCAGCAAAAAAAAUAAAGAAACUAAUGCCUUUGCGUAUAAUAUAUAUAUAUAUAUGUAACACUAUUAUGAAGUUGUAAGACACUUGAUGCGAAAUGUGAAAAAACUGCAACAAAAAAAAGAUGAGACGACAUGACAGCAGCGCACGAUUAUUUAAAUGAUAAAACUUAUUGUAUAUCUAUGUACUGAGCGUUUAUCGUUGAAACAAAAGAAAGCGUCAUGACCAACAAAUUGUACCCGCUAUAUAUUCUUACGAAUCACUUACAUACUAAUCGCCUUUAUUAGAAAUGAUACGAUUAAAAAUGAAAAUUAUUCUGUACUCAGCGUAUCAUACUGUUACACUGUAAAAUUGACAAAUAAAUGUAAUUAUUUACGAAUA